CAGACAGAAGAAGAAGACGUGAUGACGCCGGUGGUUACGCAACUUCUGCUCGCGCUCAGUCACGUCACACAAGGUCGUUGUAGCAGCCGCAGACAUGAUGUCCCUCGCAGCCCGGUCGGGGGCUUUCUCCCCGUACAUGCAGGCCACAGCCUUUACGGUGGCGGGGCCCCUGAAGGCGCUGGUCCCGGGGGUCGUCGUGAAGGAGGAGAAGAUUUUACUGGACACCAAAAAGAAGUUCCUGUGCCGGGAGACGAUGAGCGGACAGAGCCCGAAGACCGGGCCCUCUGUGUCUGUUAGCAUCAAUGGAUGUGCAGGAGUCCGCUACGCCCACACAGACAUCAGGGUGCCAGACUUCUCAGACUACAGGCGCCCUGAAGUUCUGGACCCUAACAAGUCUUCCCAGGAAAGCAGUGAGUCCAGAAGAACCUUCUCCUACCUGGUCACAGGGGCCAGCACAGUAGUGGGUGUGUACGCUGCCAAGACAGUGGUCUCACAGUUUGUGUCCUCCAUGAGCGCCUCGGCCGACGUCCUGGCUCUGUCCAAGAUUGAGAUAAAGCUGAGCGACAUCCCAGAGGGCAAGAACAUGACCUUCAAGUGGAGGGGCAAGCCGCUGUUCGUCCGCCACCGCACCGAAAAGGAGAUUGCCGCGGAGGAAGCCGUCAACCUGGCGGAGCUGCGAGACCCUGAGCACGACAAAGACCGCGUCCUCAACCCCCGCUGGAUCAUCGUGCUUGGAGUGUGCACACACUUGGGCUGUGUACCAAUCGCCAACGCUGGAGACUACGGGGGAUACUACUGCCCCUGUCACGGCUCUCACUACGACGCCUCUGGACGCAUCAGGAAGGGUCCCGCCCCCCUCAACCUAGAGGUCCCCUUCUACGAGUUCCCUGAUGAGGAGUCGGUGGUGGUGGGAUAAAACCUGUCCUCAGACUCUGAUGGUUAACAGCAUGGAGACGUGUCUGUGUGUGUGAGACAUGGUCAGGUGUUAGUAUGAACUCAGCAGGUGGACAUGUUCAUUUCUCUGCAGCAUCUCUGUCACAUGACAGCAGCUCUGUGUGGUCACAUGAUGUAUUUAUCUGUAAACAAGCAGCAGCUUUUAAUCAGCGUUCCCUCUCUGUGUCCGUCUUUAGGAGGACUCUGUCUUUAGUCUGAUGUUAACAUGAACAGAGAGUCUUGUCAUUAAGUUAUGGUCCAGCUCAGUAACGGAGAACAGCUGUGAUGUUUAUGACUGGAUAAUAAAGAUUUCUAUUUUAUUUCAA